CACGCUACUCGACAGAAGUAUUGAUGGCGACUUGCAGCGGUACUUAUCUUCAUGCUCUUCUCACUGGACCUCCAGGUCUUGACAAGACCAUAGCUAUAUACCACCUCUCUGAUAUAUAGGAGUUUUUGCGUUCAAUAAUAAUGUCUAAUCUGGACCCUCACUGAUUCUGUUGGCAUUGGUUUCUCAGUAGAUUCCAUUGUAUAUAUGGUUAUCUACUAGCCACUCUUUUACGUGAUAUUCCAACGAUAAAGGUGUGGGUAAGACUACACUCAUCAAGAAGGUGUGUGCAGUGGUGGCUAAGAAGAGAGGUGACGUGAAGAUGAGCGGAUUUUACACGGAGGAAGUGAGGGAGGGAGGAGGGAGGGUUGGAUUUGACGUGGUGACAUUGCAAGGAGAGAGGGCUAUUCUAGCUAGGGUCUCAGGGGUUUCCCAAGGUCACUCAGUAACAGAAGGAGCCACAAGAAGACCAAGAGAAGCUUCCCCAACUGUGGGAAGAUAUCAAGUAGACGUCACAUCCUUUGAGACAAUCGCUCUUCCAGCACUUGAAUACAAAUCAACCAAAACUCCAGUAGCACUCAGUAAAGUAAGAGGAAAUUCUUCUGUUUCCGACUCACCAAAGAUACUAGAAAGGAAGCCGCCUGGGCGUAAAACUACGUCAGCUUAUUCUAGCACUCUGGAAACUGGUGUGAAAUCUGGAAAACGAGAUGAGCUGCCAGUGCAGCUUCACAUGAGGGAUUGUUUGGUUGUGAUAGACGAGAUUGGGAAAAUGGAGCUGUUUUCCAAGAGUUUCGUCGCAUCAGUCGAGGGUUUGUUUGAAAAUAUGUCGAAUGAAUGGAGAGUUGUGUUGGCUACGAUCCCCGUGGCUGGACGUGGGAAAUCUCACUGGUUGUUGGAGGAGCUAAGACACCGCAGAAACUGUAGGCUGUUUCAGGUGACAGAGAAGAACAGGGACAGUCUUGUGCAAGAAGUUUCCGAUUUCGUUCUCCAAAGGCUGACAGCAGCGCAAUGAACUAUUAUGGCCACUUUUGCGCAUUAUAAUUAUAUAGUGGGCGUGUUGUGCGCCA